GCACCCCCGCCGUGUUUUGACGUUUGAGAUCAGAGAUAGUUUUGGCAAGUUUUAUUUGUGAUUUGUGUAUUAUCCUUUCGUAAAGUUCCUAAAUUGUGAAAUGAAUCCACCAACGGAAUUAAGUUUUGAUGAGAUAUUAAAAUUUAUGUUAGCUCACAACGGCAAAGUUACAAACCAUGAGUUAGUUAAACAUUUCAAAGUGUUCCUUACUAAUCCAGAUAUGAGAGAUGAAGCUAGAAACACAUUCAAGAAACACGUGAACACUUUAGCCAAUAUAAAAAAUCAAAACAAUGAAAAAUUGUUAAUAUUGAAGAAAAAGUACAUGAAUAGUGCAAAUAAAGAAAAUGAAGAUGUGGUUGAAAGUAAGAUACCAGAUGUGCCAAGUGAUAGCACUUUGGCAUCUCCUUUACCUAAUGUUGAUACCCAACCACCUUAUCGGCCACCACCACCAGUGCAGCUCAACCAAGAUUUCAGUAUACUCACAAACUUGAUACAAGAUCAGCAAGUGAAUACACCAAUACCAAUAUCUUCGCCUAUUAAUACAACACCUGCUGAAUCCAAUGAAAAUCUCACAUCGCCUAUUGAAGAUACUCCUCCAAAAGUACAUCCCAGAAAAAAGUCCUUAGAUAAAAGUGCUUUUGAAAAACAAUCAUUAGGGUCUGCUGGCCAGAGAACUUCAAUCCCGAAUGAGACUUCAUCAGAGAUGGAUGAUACAUUAUCAAUACCGUUAACAACCUCACGGAGUGAGAGCAUGCUGGUCGACAAUGAACAAAAGAUUUCUGUUAAAGAGAGGAAGCAAAUGUUCAACCGAAUGGCUUCAGAGAGUGAUGUCUUAAGAACAAAGCGACAAGGCAAUUUUAAUACACAGGGCGUGGACGAAGAAGAUCGAGUAUCUUUGGACCCGAAAAGCGAAACUGAUCCCCUGGACUCGAAACAGAAGCAGUGGAUCCUGUGCGCAGCGAGGGGUGAAUAUCAUGCUCUCGCUAAAAUGUGUAAGGAAACUCCGAAGCUAGUCAAAACAAAGGUAUGUAUUUUAAUUUCAUUGUUGAAUUAUACAUGUGACACUUCGCUCAAGACAAUACGAUUGUAACUUUUGGGGAUCUUCUCAUAUAAUAUAUUUAUACUUAGUAUAGUCAAAGGUUGACAUACAGCCAAAUUAUUUUGCUAAAUCAAAGUCUUAACGCAUCACCAAUUCACCAUGAUUGUCUAAAUAAAGAUUACUACAUAUAUUUUAUAAGUUACUGUCAUCUUAAUUCAAAAUACGAAAAAAAAUAGACCUUCCCACUUCUUAAGAUCUAUCAAUUCAUUAUAGUACUGAAAGGCUGAAAAACGUCAUUUAUUUCGACUUCGCCUAGGACUUUAUGUGUCAGACCUGAGGUUUGACUAGUCAAACCUAGGAGCGCCGGAGCUUCAAUGUUUGAUCAUAACAAAAUAUAUAACUUGUGCUGUCAAGGAGCAUGAUUCUAUGAUCAUUGUCUUCUCGUUAAAAUAGUAAAAAAUAUUUCUGCAGUUAUUAGGUACUUCUGACAGAGUCGUUGUGUGUACAUAAAAUGCACGGUGGUAAUAUGUGUAAAUUAAAUUUGACUAUUAUUAUGUAAAAAUAUUAGUUUUGUGCACACAUUAUUAUGUAAAAAUAUUAGUGUUGUGAUGAGUAUGAACAUGUAAAAAGGUAUAAAAGAAAUUCAUUUACCCUUCCAUUUAUAUCAAUUGUUAAUUACAAUACAGUUGCAAAUCAUUUUAUUGUCUCAGGCUCAAGCACCAAAGCAGCUAGAUUUCCUAAUAAAAUAAAAUUAAGAACGGAUGUAGUUGUCUCAUAUUCCUAGUUUCGAGGCGUUAGUGUCAAGCGCGAGCACAUGCUCAAAAGGUGUGCUUCUAAUUGGGUCUUGGGGAGAUGGGUCGGCGCCGCGCCUGCGCCCGCCGCCGCAUGCUAUCUUGACACAUCUCCGGACGUAGUCCCUUGUUUCAUUUUACGAGCCAUCUCUCAGACCCUAAUUUUUUCAAUAGUAAUUUUCUGUUUACUCAAGUUGCACACUUGAUAUACAGACGUCAUAUAAACCUUAGAGUCGCUAAUUCCGAAGAAUGUUUCGACCUGGACGAAUAAUAAAUUACAAUGGACUGACCAUGUUCAGCUUUUUAAACAGCUUAGAUCUACAUUACUGGCAAUGGCAAUAAGGACUUAGAAAAUAGACAUAGCGUGUUAAUUAAGCUAGUAUCUUAUUUAAUUUAGUGAUUCAAUAAAGUCUCCAGGUCUAUUUUACCCAAAAAUAUGUUUUAUCAUAGAAUGUAGUGUCAAAAUCAGCAACCAAGAUUUGUCGCAACUUUCUAUAAUGAUCUACAUUUAACCCGUUAAGUCGUAAACAUGAAAAAGUAUAUUUAAAUUUGUUUAGCUCUAGACCUUUAUUUAAACGUGUUGUUUUGCCGUCGCGUUGAUUACCGAGUACAUUACUUUUAUUGAAUACCCUAUAAAAGAGGUAAUGAUAGCCUUCUCUUUUAUUGAUUCGUUAUAAAUCAGGAGUCGACGCAAUUGGAUUUGGAUUUUAUUGGCAGACUCACGUAGGCUUGUGAAUAGUUGUUAACUAAACUUAAUGAGAAUCACCUAAGAUUUAUCGUCGAAGACAUAUUGCCGUUUCCAUUUCGGUACAAUUAUGAUUCAGUAUAAACAUUUAACUAUUCUCGAUUGUUUAUCAUUUCUUCAAGUUUAAUACUUGGAGUUCUGUUUGGUAUUUCCUGAGGAUCUUGAUUUUUAUCUUAUAUUGUGUUGAUCCAUAACACGUGCUUUUAAAUGUAGAACGUCGGUUAUUUUCAUUUCCUCCUAACCGCCACUGGGGCUAAUAAAGCAACAAUAAAUAUUGUCAGACAAUAUGUAACACGUGUUAGCUAGCCUUGUUUGUUGACAUUUGUCGCUAUUCCUCUAAAAAACACUUUGAUGCUUAUUUUCGUAUUUGCCUCACUUGCUGAAAGAAUUAUAGAUUUGUGGAAAUACCUCUUGUGUGUGGGUUCUUAUGAUAUUUUUUUAUUGCAUGCCUUUCUUGUAUCGCUUUGAACCAAGAUAUUUAAAUGUGUCAUCGUUGUUUCCUAUCUAAAGAAACUUAACUUAAAUAUUCCUUCAUUAAUAACCUUCCGAU